AUGAUGCAAAGCUCAGCACUCACUACAGAAGGUUCUGUCAAGGGGCUUCCAGAGAUUCUUGGUGUGCCAAUGCAACAGAUUCCCCAGUGCGCCGGCUGCAACCAGCACAUCCUGGAUAAAUUCAUCCUGAAAGUCCUCGACAGGCACUGGCACAGCUCCUGCCUCAAGUGCGCAGACUGCCAGAUGCAGCUGGCGGACAGGUGCUUCUCCAGAGCUGGGAGCGUCUACUGUAAGGAAGACUUCUUCAAGCGUUUUGGUACGAAAUGCACGGCCUGUCAACAAGGAAUCCCCCCUACCCAGGUGGUCCGGAAAGCCCAGGACUUUGUUUAUCACCUGCACUGCUUUGCCUGUAUCAUCUGCAACCGCCAGCUGGCCACAGGCGAUGAGUUCUACCUCAUGGAAGAUGGGCGCUUGGUGUGCAAGGAGGACUAUGAGACAGCCAAGCAGAAUGAUGAUUCAGAAGCUGGAGCUAAGAGGCCACGAACCACCAUCACAGCCAAACAGUUGGAAACGUUAAAAAACGCCUAUAAAAACUCCCCCAAACCUGCCAGGCACGUGCGGGAGCAGCUGUCCUCGGAAACGGGGCUGGACAUGAGGGUGGUGCAGGUCUGGUUUCAAAACAGGCGGGCCAAAGAAAAACGGCUGAAGAAGGAUGCUGGGCGGCACCGCUGGGGCCAGUUCUACAAGAGCGUGAAGAGGACUCGUGGGGGCAGCAAACACGAGAAGGAGAGCUCUGCAGAGGACGGUGGGGUUAGUGACAGUGAGCUGAGCUUCCGAGAAGAUCAGAUCCUCUCUGAGCUUGGCCACACCAAUAGAAUUUACGGAAAUGUUGGGGAUGUUGCUAGUGGACAGUUAAUGAACGGAAGCUUCUCCAUGGAUGGGACAGGACAAUCUUACCAGGACUUGAGGGAUGGAAGCCCCUAUGGAAUUCCUCAGUCUCCAUCUUCCAUAUCGUCCCUUCCUGCCCAUACUCCAUUGCUCAAUGGUCUGGAUUACACAAUGGACACUAAUUUGGGAAUUAUAGCACAUGGAGGGCAGGGGGUGAACCAGACACUCAGAGCAAUGGCUGGGGGACCAACCUCCGAUAUUUCUACAGGAAGCAGUGUUGGCUAUCCAGACUUUCCAACAAGUCCUGCCUCUUGGCUUGAUGAAAUGGAUCAUCCUCCUUUUUAAGCAUCUCCUGCUCCCCACCCUGUCCCACUCGUUCUUUUGGCCUGAAAGUGUGCUCAAACUAGCAAAAGAGACAACAAGCGAUCUUCAAGCAUCCCAGACAUAC